CCAAAACUACCAGUCCCGGUGUGCUUCGCGCACGAGCCUACGCACGUGGGUGGUGCCCAAGGGCGAGCUCCUAGCUUCCCCGACCGCGGGUGCUUCCCACCCCUGACUCAGACCGUGGCUUCCUGCGGCCAGCGAUGGAGUUUUCGGAGGAGACCACGGGCGCCUUGAAGCCCUGCCUGCUGCGCCGCAACCGGAGCCGGGAGCAUCACGGCGCGGCGGCCUCCUGCCUGGAGGAGCUGAGGAGCAAAGCUUGCGAUAUCCUGGCCAUUGAUAAGUCCCUGGAGCCCAUCACUCUGGUCCUGGCAGAAGAUGGCACCAUCGUGGAUGACGAAGACUACUUCCUGUGUUUACCAGACAAUACCAAGUUCGUGGCCCUCACUUGCAACGAGACGUGGAAAUACAGCAAUACAGAUGGGGGCACGGCUUGGCUCUCCCAGGACUCCUUUGAGACAAAAGACGAACCAGACGGCAUGGAGGGGUGCCGGUGGAAGAACCUGGCCCAGCAGCUCAAAGGAGAUCUCUCCAGCAUCAUCCUCCUGUCAGAGGAAGACCUCCAGGUGCUCAUUGACGUUCCCUGCUCAGACUUGGCUCAGGAACUCUCCCAAAGCCCUGCAAAGACCCAGGAUCUCCAGAACACACUCCAGCAGGUACUAGACCACAGAGAAGAAGCCCGGCAAUCCAAGCAGCUGCUGCAGCUCUACCUCCAGGCCCUGGAGAAGGAGGGCAGCAUCCUGGCCAAGCAGGCAGAGUCUGAGGCUCCUUUGGAUGAAGUGGACUCAAGGGUGGCCGGCCUCAUCACUCUCUCCAGUCACGUCCUAAUGGUGCUGAAGGAAAAGUCCUCCCCAGAGCUGAGCUUGUCCAGCCAGGAUUUGGAGUUGGUGAUCAAGGAACACCCGGAGGCUCUGGCCCAGGCUUUAAGCUGGAACCUCGAGAAGGCCGAAGCGGUCCAAAGGGCCUGUCAGCAGCAGCUCACCCUGCGCCUGCAGCAGGUGCAGAGCCUCAAUGCUCUCCACAGUAUCUCAGCCGGGAAGAAUUCUCCGACCGAAGAGCCCGUGAGCCUUAAACGGGCCAAGUGAGCCCCUGUCUCACCUCAUCUUAUGGCCAGCAGCGGCUGGAUGUCGGAUCUCCCUCAGGGGCGUUGGCCAUUCUCCCUGUGCCGCCCUCCACCCCCCUGCCUCAGGGCUUCUCAGGGAUGGGGACGGGGAGCUGGACACAUGGGCUGAGAGCCUCAGACCCCAUUUGGAAAAGCUGUCGUGGGAAUGUAUUUACAUCCUGGGUAACUGAGACUCUUGUCAUUUCCAGAAUCUUUGGGCUACAGAGACAAGACUGUCACCUCCCAAACUCUUAACUGUGGGCUUCUGCUUUGAAUUCCAAAUAGGGAGAUAUCCCCAGAGUCACCAUCACUGGCCUCCACCUGUGGCCACAGCAAAAAAGACUGGUGGGGGAGGGGGUGUAGAAUUUACUCGGUUGGAGAGGGGAAGCUUUUAUUUUUCAAACUAACGGGUUUUCACUUGAACCUUUAUGUGCAUUUUAAGUCUGCUGGCCAGGAAUAGCUUAAGGUGGAAGAAGGCUAGGUAUUUCACUCCUAAUAUUUAAUUCAGAGAGGCCGCUGGCCUUGGUUGUCCAGAUGACCUGGGUUCAGAUCCUACCUCUGACACCUACUUGCAAUGUGACCUUGGAAAAGAUGCUUAGCCCCUUCGUGCCUCAGGCAGAGAAGGGGGGGUGUGAUCUUGGUAGAGGGAGUUUUCUCUUUCUUUUUUUUUUGUUUUGGUUUGGUUUGGUUUUUUGGGGUGGGAUAGUGGGGAUUAAAUGACUUGUCCAGGGUCACACAGCUAGUAAGUGUCAAGUGUCUGAGGCCGGAUUUGAACUCAGGUCAUCCUGAAUCCAGGGCCAGUGCUUUAUCCUCUGUGCCACCUAGCUGCCCCGAGGGAGUUUUCUCACUGGGAAUUCUCUGCACCACUGAAAUUAGAUAAAUGCCAAAAAAAAUAAAAUGAGAGAGUUCUACAUAAAUUAUUUCAUUUCAUUCUCACAUCAACCCUGUGAGGCAGGUGCUAAUGUUAUCUCCAUUUUAUAGAUGAGAAAACCAAGGCUCAGGUGAGAUGAUUUGACAGAGCUAAGAAGUGCAUGAGGCAGAAUUUGAACUUGGGUUAUACUCCAAGUCCAGUUCCUAGCCACCAACAUAAUAUAUAUAUAAUGCAUAUAUAAGUAUACUAUAUAGCUGCCACUGCUAUAUAUUAUGCAUACAUAUGUAUACUGUAUACUAUAUAUAAUACAUAUAUGUGUACUAUGUAGCUGCCACUGUGCUAUAUAUAAUACAUUAAUAAAAGACUACAUAUUAUGAAAUUGGCUGUGUCAUCACAGUGAAAUUUGGGCCUCCUCUCCCUCUGCUGAGUCUUCUGAUAUCAGUAGGGGAGCUCAGUGUUUCUCCAGCUUGUUUCCACGUAACAUGGAUCUGGAUUGUCUUGAUGGUAAGGAAUGCCAAGGAUAGAUUUGAGCUUGCUCAGGUCUUUGGCCUCAGGGUGGUUUUCCAUGGGGGAGAUGUGGGGUUGUCGGUAUGCUUGUUUCAGUAAAGCACCCUUAGAGAGAGAGAACCCUGCUGAUAACAUGCCUUGGGUUUUCUUUAAUGUUGGAGAAAGCAUAAAGCCAACACUGGAUUGGGGUAAAAUGGAGAGGAGGGAGAUGAUGAACACUGAGCUGAUGAGGGUGUGCACACACAGAGUUUUUAGUCUUUCCU